GAGAAAUUGAUAAAGAAAUAAAGCAGCUUCUCCUACUAGUGAACAGAGUAAUAAUAUUACGCUGCUUAAUACUAGUAGGAGGUAGUAGUAGUAGUAGUAGUAGUAUUACCCAACAAAACGGGGCAAAACGAUAAUCAGAAGUAGAUGCUAUCUAUUUAUUAUCGUUUGUAAUAUUGCUGCCGGAACCGCUAUUUGCAGGAGUAUUGCUGCCGGAACCGCUAUUAUCGUUAGUAUUUGUAGGAGUAUAAUAUUAUUAUAUUCCUACAAAGGCUUUCAAGUUUUCUCCUUUCACAAACCCUUCGCAGCAAGCAGCUUGAUCAGCUUUCGUUUUUACAAAGCUUUCUAUUCAGAAAAAGCUCGUCCUCCGCUCUUUUUUCGCAACAAAAAAAAGUAGUACAGUUUGUUUUACCCUCUGUAAAAGGAAAAAGCUCGUCCUCCGCACUUUCUUCGCAACAAAAAAAAAAGUAGUACAGUUUGUUUUACCUUCUGUAAAAGUUUUAGACUUAUUCAGCGUUUCUUUCAAAUAUAGGCCCUUUACAGCAAGACGUUUUUGCCCUUCUACCAGUUGUGUUUCAUGUACGAGUCCAAAGUGGCUCUGUCAUCUACUUCAAGCUGGUCUUUUUGUCAAACAAAGUAGCACUAUCGUAGAACCAAAAGAAAGAAGACACAAUCUUCAAACGGACUCAAGGUAAGGCACGUAAAAAAUAACAAAGAAACAGAUGUAAAAACGUAGUUACAAUUUUACUUUUGGCACUAAGCUCAUAUCAUUUUCACGGUCAGCACCCACUUUUUUCAGAGACUUUGAACCCUUGACGCCGCGAGCGGGAAGGGGAAAGAAAGGUGGAAAGAAAGGGUGUAUGUACCAAACACAUCUGACAACUCUCGAUCGCGACUACUUAGACGCACUCUAUCGACGACGACUCCAGAUGCUUACUCACCUCGUUGUGGCCGCGCAUGCAGUUACUUGUCCUAUGUACAACUUAUAAAUGAAGCAAGCAAACUUUUCACACUACUAUUUCAUUUUCCAGCUAUAGUAGAGCAAAUUUGAGCUUGCUUCUCUAUCGGGUUUUGGCGAAUUUCGCAGGAUAUCCAGUGUAGAUCUUGUGACUUUUUCCUUCCACCGACCGACGAGACAAGUCCUGUCGAAGAGUUUGAAGUGUGAG